AUGCGAGGUCGACGACCACCGAGGGCAAUAUUGAUGGCGGUCAAUCCGGACAAGGGCGCUUUUCCGUUGCUCAUGACGAUUCCCUAUGAGAAUACGAGGAGCAGUGCCGACAGCGAGGAAGCAACUAAAAACAUGAUGGGAGCCGAUGAGGAGAACGGCGGCGGCGUCGAUGAUCGAUCGAGCCGCACCUCGUCCGGAAUAAUGCGAUUCGAGGCCAAACUUGAUGAGGCUCAGGAGAACAGCAACGAGCAGGUUGAGCUUCUUCGACCCGAAGUUGAUGACGAUGACGAUCAGAACGAUAUCAACGACUAUGAUGACGAGUAUGAUGAUCCAUAUGAAUCGGACGCGAAGCGGCAACGAAAAGAAACCACACAGGAAUUUCUCGCCAGACAAUAUCAGAAUCUUGUUCAUUUCUUCGUCGAGGAUUGGUUCCUUUCCGCCAUGCUCGGAUUCAUCACCGCGAUAAUGUCGAUAGCGAUCGAUGUCGGAAUCGAGUACCUCGUUCAUUUCCGCAAUUAUUUAUUCGAGUCGGCGAGGGAGAGCCAUCGAUACACCGGAUUCCUCGCCUGGGUCUUGUACAUUACUGGUCUCGUUUGGCUGGCCGCGCUGACUUGCUACGCGUUCGGCAAACAGGCCGUCGGCUCGGGAAUACCGGAAGUCAAAGUACUCAUUCAUGGAUUUGUGCUCAAAAAUUAUUUGUCAUUGAAAACGCUGGUCGCCAAAAUGAUUGGAUUGACGUUGACGAUCGGCUCGGGAAUGCCCGUUGGAAAAGAGGGACCAUUUGUGCACAUUGGCGCCAUCGUUGCUUCACUUCUCAACAAGGCCACCACUGCCUGUCGGUAUAACGCGUUCUUCUCGAACGAAGGUCGUGCGAUGGAAAUGUUGAGCAUUGGAUGUGCUGUGGGAAUUGCGUGCACAUUCUCAGCGCCGAUGGGAGGAGUACUGUAUGGUAUCGAAUCAACGUCGAAAUAUUUCGCCGUCAAGAAUUACUGGAGAUCAUUCUUCGCCACCACUUGCUCGGCAAUGAUUUUCCGAUUUGCGGUUGCGUUCAUCGUGCCGCCACAUAUUGCUGGUACGAUAACCGCCUACUAUCAAACCACAUUCCCAAAUGAGGUGUUCGUCGUCGAAGAGCUGCCAUUCUUCAUUCUUCUUGGCAUUUUCACCGGCCUCAUCGGCGCGCUUUUCGUCUGGUAUCAUCGUCAAAUCUCAUUUUUCAAAAAGAAGAAUCGCCUAUUCAAGGCUGUCUUCGCCAACAAUCCGAUCACGUUCACCACUCUAUGCGCUGCGAUUUUCGCCGUCAUCAUCUAUCCGGAUGGACUCGGACAAUACAUUGCCGGAAAGAUGACGUUCCGCGAGACGCUUGUCGAUUUCCUCUCAAAUUGCACAUUCUCAUUGUCGAACAUUUCGUCGAACGGAUGCCCGCCAGAGGUUAUCGAGCAUUGGACCAUUGGCAACUCGUUCCAUCCGCUUCUCACCUUGUCGCUCUACUUUUUGAUAUUUUUCAUUCUUGUCCCGAUCUGCAUCACGCUGUACAUUCCAUCGGGAGUCUUCGUUCCAUGCUUCGUCAUCGGUGCAUGCGCUGGACGCAUUUUUGGCGAAGUGCUGACCGAAUGGUGGCCCGAAGGCCUUCGUGGUCUCGGACAACCGCAAAUCUAUCCUGGACUUUAUGCGGUCGUCGGAGCCGCUUCCUUCACGGGAUCCGUUACUCACUCGCUAUCCAUCGCCCUCAUCGUGUGCGAGACCACCGGCCAACUUUGCGCUCUUCUACCAGUAUUGAUUGCUUUGAUGAUUUCCAACGCGCUCUGCGCUUUCCUUCAACCUUCGAUUUACGACUCGAUCAUCAAAAUUAAUGGAUAUCCAUACCUCGCCGAUCUUCCUCCCAGUCGUAUGUCUGUGCAUCAAAUGAAAGUCGAAAGGAUUAUGGUGAAGGAUAUUGUGUAUAUCACUCGCGAUACCACCUACAGAGAGCUUCGGCAGAUUCUACUCGAGACGCCGACUCUCCGAUCGUAUCCAUUUGUGACGGAUAAACAAUCAAUGACAUUAUUAGGAAGUGUGGGACGCAAAUAUCUGGUAUACUUGCUCCAGAAGCGACUUGGACCUGAGCCAGAGCUCUACUCGCACAGAAGGAGGACCACAUCAAUUAAACGAACAAUCGCAAGUCGCACCGCAUCCGAGAUCUUCAGCACAAUUCAGAAUUUGAGAAAACAUUCUAGACGCGGAUCAUCUUUGAACAACGCCAUCAGCCAUCAUACCUCGAAUGGGCAUUCGCAGGUUCUCACCGAUCGCAACAUUUCUGGAAACACGCUUCUUCCGCAGUCGCCACUUCACGAGGAGCAGGGCGAGCGCAGCCGAUUGGCUCCGCUGUUGUACUCGCAGAAUGAGCAUCACGAGCCAAUUGUGCACUCAUUGGCGAAACGCGCUGAAAUUUUGUCGUCGAAACUGGAUUUGGAGGAGGUUGCCAUCGAUCCGGCGCCAUUCCAGCUUGUCCGUGGAACGUCGCUUUACAAGGUGCACACCCUAUUCUCACUGCUUGCUCUGAAUCACGCGUACGUCACCGAGAAGGGACGUCUUGUCGGCGUUGUUGCUCUCAAAGAGCUCCGCGAGGCAUUGAGCAACAUUUAUAGUCGAGGAGCUGUCGUGCCGCGACCGAGAGUCCGACUCUCAACAUUCCGUUUGAAUCAGGAUCAAGAUGAAGUAAAUGGAAAUGGAUCAAGUGAUGGUGAAAAGAAGAAAGACGAGAAGGAAGAGGAGGAAGGAAGCGAUGAUCCACCGCUAGUCGUCACGGCGCCAAGGAUCACGUUUGAAGCUCCAAGUGACACGAAUAUCAAUCAAAUUGGAGAAAUGGAUCAUAAUGAUCCAAAUCCGCCAUCGAUUUCAUAA